AAAAAUUUGGCUACUGAAGCGUCGCCAAAGAUCUUGCAAUAUUCAUCCACUCCCUGCACAGUGGCUAUCAGGUUGUGAACCUGAAUAAUUGAAACUUGUGCAUUUUUAACUUGGAAAUAAUGGCACGCUAUAGAAAAGGCAGAGGUGCACAUCGAGUACACCCUAUCACUGACAGAGGAAGAGGAUCAAGAGGAAGACGUGGAAGGUCAUCUGCAGCUUCUGAUUGCACAGAUAAAUCCAAAGUCAGGCCAUCAAAAUCUGAUGAAAAUGUUGCCACAGAUGUUUGUCAUGUUACUAAGAAUUCUUUUGAUGAUGCCAAGUUCAAUGUAUUUACUGGCAAGGCAAAAACUGCAACACCAGAAGGCAAAGACAAUAUUACCUCCCAGCAUCCAGCACGACGUCCCAUGAAUGCCUACCUCCUUUUCUGCCGCAAGUACCGCAAAGAGGCUCAAAAGGAGCACCCAAAACUAGAGAACCGCCAGCUGAGCAAAGUCCUUAGCAAAUGGUGGGCCAUCCUUAAUCCGCUAGAGAAGAAAGGCUAUCAGGACCAGGCGAGUCAGCUCAAAGAGUCAUUCUUGAGGGCUAACCCUGACUUCAAAUGGUAUCAGAACCACUCCCUGCCCCCAGAAGCUCGGCCAUCCCACUUGAAGGUGCUGCGCCAUCAGCAUGACGCCACAUCAACUCCCACAAACUCUUGCGUCAAACGUGCUGAUUCUCGGAACAAGAGGACCAAAAGAUGAGUCGUACAACAAACAACUCGCGGCACAAGCUUUGGUCGAUUUUGCAGCUCGAUGGUCUGACAACAUACCUUAGUAUCCUUAGUAUUUGUUUGGGACAUAGCAGUCCCAGGCCACG